AUAGUGGCUCCUAGUGGUGAUCACUUGACAUCGUUAAUAGAUGAAAUUUCCUAUGUAGCACCACCAUCACCGAUGCUCUCGCAAAUACAUGACAUACCGCCAGAGCUAUUCUGUAAUGGUGAUAAUCGUCCACCGAAUUGUGGACCCAAUUGUGAAUGUGUCCACAAAGUUGAUAUACCAUUAGGAGCGGUUGUGGAAGUGGUGUUAGUCGAUGAGGUGCAACAGACAAACCUCAGUCAUCCAUUUCAUUUACAUGGUACGGCAUUCUAUUUGGUGGGUUUUGGGUCGUUCUCUCCCGACAAGUCUAUUAAGAAAAUCAAUUUGAAACACACUUUGGAAUUGGAUCGCAUGGGAAUGAUUGAACGUGAUUUUAGCCAGCCGCCUCUAAAGGAUACCAUUGCUGUGCCCAAUAAUGGUUAUGCUGUCAUGAGAUUUCGUGCUGAUAAUCCUGGCUACUGGAUGUUCCAUUGUCAUUUUCUGUUUCACAUUGUUAUAGGCAUGAAUCUGGUCUUUCAUAUUGGUACUCAUGCAGAUUUACCGCCCGUACCCGAUGCAUUUCCUACUUGCGGCGAUCAUAGACCUCCUGUGUCUUUAUUUUAAAAACCUCUCUAGAGACCUCUUAACUAUAGCAUUAUUUUAAAACUUAAAAAGGGAGGUUUGUGUCUUAACUUAAAUUAUUUAAUAAUUUUUUAAUUAGUUUUAAAGAGAAAAAACUAAUAUGAGUUGAUAGAGAGAGAGAAGUAAAUGCCUAGUGAAACAAAUGAAGGAUUGUAAAAACGAAUGAGAGAAUGUGAAGAGCGUGCCAAGUCAUGUUGUGUAUAUAUCAAAAGAAACCUAUAAAAAUGUUGUUAACCAAUUUGCAAGAUACUUAUUAAGCAGGCUCUUACCAAAUUUUAUAUACUAAUCAAUCAAUCAUAUCAUACCAUUUAUCCAUCAUCCACCAUUUUAUCAUCCUAACCAAGUUUACUAAAAAUAAAAAAUGUUUGAUGUAACUAACAGUUCUCUUAAAUAACUACUGUUUUUAAUUUAAAGUUUUAAUAUAUUUUAUACAAAAAUUCAAUUAUAAUAUAAUUUUAAAUCAAAUGACUUAUUUUACAUAUAAAAAUUUUUAUCUAUAACUUGUUCCAGUUCCUGUACUAGUCUGAUUUGCAAAAAUAAAUCUAAUAGUAAACUACUUCUCCGGAAAAUCAGACUAGCACUUGAACCUAGCAAAUAUGUAGUGAUAUUUCGUCUGUCAAUAACAUUUAAGUCCAUAUGUAUUCUUUUUUUUUUAAUUUAAUUAUUGUUUUUUAUGUUUUGUUUUUAAUUUAUCUAAAUUUAUAAUAAAUUGUUUAUAUAUAUAAAAAAAUUACAUACCAAUAUCUGCUUUAUGUAUAAAAUUUCAAUGUUUUAAUAUCAUAUAAAGAAACUAAACUGCCAAAGCCCUAUAUUCAUCUAAGGUAAGUUUAUAUAUUUUAUGUUUUUCAUAAAUGUGUGAUUUAAUACCAAAAACCACUUACCACAGCAGUAUUAUAAACUGUUACAUUUCAUAUCUUACCUUUAAACAAUAUAUCCAAUGAUAUAACAUGCUAAUUCAUU